GGUAGCUGUCACCUUGCUGCCAAGUUACCAGUUGUACAUGACAAUGGCUUUAGCUGUGAGUGGCCUGAAAAGCACAGAUUUAAAAUGGCAAAGUUUCUUAAAGUAAUGGAAUGGAUCAUCAAAGACAAUCUAUUAGGGUCUGUCAAAAUCUUUCAACCAAUGGAACCACCUUAUGAAGUUGUGACACGUGUUCACAACUGUGACUAUGUAGAUGGUUUUAUCUCAGGAAACAUUCCUCCAAAAGAAAUGAGGAAAACUGGCUUUCACUGGUCAGAGGGCCUUGUGAGAAGAUGUUUACUUGAAGUAGGUAGGAAUUUGUGUUAAAAUUAAGUAUGUGCAUGGAUUAGGGUGCUGAAGUAACAAACAGAGUUUUGCAGGGGAAGACUUGCCCCUGAUCCAGAGACCUUCACCAUUAUGAUAGUGAAUGCUAUGUUUGACCAAAAUGAAACUCCUUAUAUCCUCAGCACAGUUAGUAUUACUCUUCCCCCCUCCCACAUUCCAGUAACAGAUCUAGGGGGAAGGUCGAGGGAUUUUUGACUUCUUGUCUGAAACCAACAGUCUUGCAGCAAAAGAAUCACAUGAUAGAAGUGUUUGAAAUUAACUUCUCUUGUGAGGAGAGACAGCCCGCAGAAUAGUUCAGUAUUCUAAUUUGAAUUAAUUUUGAAUUUGCCAUUGCCUUAUAUGUGUUUUGAUAAGUUUGUCAAAUACAUAUUAAUAUUAGUAAAAAAAAAUAAUUUGACCUUUUUACUAAAAAAAAAUAGGUGGCACCAUGCUUGCUGCCAGGCUAGCAAUGGAGUAUGGACUAGCAUGCAGUACUGCAGGUGGAACACACCAUGCUUUUCCCAGCCAUGGUUCAGGUUUCUGCAUGUUGAAUGAUCUUGCUGUCACUGCUAAGGACAUGAUUGAUAGUCAAGUUGUUGAUAAAAUCCUCAUUGUUGACCUGGAUGUUCACCAGGUAAUUUAGUAGAAGGUAUUGACCCUCUACCUCCCAUGAGUGACCAAGACAUAAUUUCUCCUUACAAUUCCUAUACAAUAUUAAGCAGACAAGAGAUGAGAGUGAAGAAAAUAUCAACAAGGGAAUUAGUAGUUGAUCCAAUGCCAAAUUCUCCAAACUAACAUUAUAAGAACUGUAUGGAAGACAGUAAGGAGAUUUAUCAAUAAGAUCUUGGGAAUGAAAUGGUUAACAUGUGAAUUCUCCUCACAGUUUCCAUAUUUUAUUUGCUGAGAAGCAGAUAAGAGUUAACAAAUAGAUCAACUGGAGGUUUGUUUUCUGGAUAGAACACCAAAAUUAUAGUAAUAAUUUACUCAGAACGUUAUGUCAGUCAGAAUGGAGAACUAUGUAUCAGCUCUUAGAAAUGAAAAAGAUAAAGACAGCUGUGUAGUAAUUUCACAGAGCCUGGCAUUCAGUAAAUCAAAGUGAGGCCUGUAUAUAUGUCAAUUUAGGCUUGAAAGUUAAUCCACUGAAUGAUGCUAUCCUCUACAGGGAGACGGCACAGCCUUUAUCUUCAAAGACAAUGAUUGCAUAUUUACAUUUUCUAUGCAUUGCGAGAAAAACUUUCCACUCAGGAAACAACAAAGUGAUUUAGAUGUUGGUUUAGACUGUGGCUUGAAUGAUGAGCAGUAUCUGAGGGUGGUAAUGGAUUAUUUACCAUGGCUCAUGGACACUUUUAAACCUGAUCUGGUACUGUAUGAUGCUGGAGUGGACCCACAUCAAGAUGAUGUGCUUGGUAAACUGUGUCUCACAGAUCAAGGUACUGGAGGGGGACAGGGGAGGUUGAGGGUGGAAACCACAGGGGUUAGAGGUGGGUGAAGAACAAGAGAUGUGCUCCGGAGAAAAGGGUUAGGAAGUGGUAACUUAAAAGGGUGUGAAAGGACCAAAAAAAAGCCAAGUUACGAACAUUCUUUAAUUAUUUAUCUGCACUGUGUCGCCAUGAAAAGUGGGUGACAUAGGUGUGGGAGAUGCAAGAGAGUGGUGCAGGGAAGUUCUUACCCCCCUCUCCGCCCUUACAUCCUUACCCAUGGUACAAAGGAUCUGGUAAUAAAGGGGCAAGGUCAUGAUUCGUUUAUCUUACAAACUUAGAAAUUUCUUAAAUUAUCAAAAUGAAAAUGGCCCGAUAAAAAAAGAUUCACUCACUAAUGAAUCAUCACUCUACAGGGUUGUUGGAUCGUGACGUAGCCGUAAUAGAAAUGGCUCUUAACAGAGGGAUCCCAUGUGCGACUGUCAUUGGUGGAGGGUAUGAUGACGACAUAGAAGUUCUUGGAAGGCGUCACUCAAUCAUUCAUAGAGCAGCAGUCAAGGUGAGAGUUGACACAUGA